CGCUCGGAGGAGAGAAACCCAGAACCAGGACCAGGACCAGGACCAGCACCAGAGCGGGGAGCUGCGGAGGAAAUGAGCCCAGCGGAACCGACCGGAACCGGGCCGUGAAUCCUCCGCGGAUGGAGCAGCAGCAGCGGGCGCCCUGCAGCCUGUCCCCGCUCCAGCCCGCUGCCCGCGGGGCCGGGCUCUCCUCCGGACCGCCCUCCUUACGUCUGUCCGUCACCUCCACCACCGGCAGCCCGGUGGAGCUCACCGUCCCCCGGGGAGAGACCGUGGAGGGCCUGAGGACCCGGAUCUCCCAGAGGCUGAGGCUGCGGACCGACAGGAUCGCGCUCCUGCACAGAGACAGACACCUGACCGCAGGGAAGCUGCUGGAGCACAGCGUGACGGAUGGCAGCAGGCUGACUCUGGUCCCGGUGGUGGAAGCGGGUCUGGUAUGUUCUUCAGCCAGAGCUGAGCGGACCACCAUGGACGUGUUGGAAAGUCUAACCGACGCUCAGAUCGCUGACUUCCUGUCGGGCCGCUCGCCUCUGACCGUCUCCCUCCGGGUCGGCUCUCACAUGAUGUACGUCCAGCUGCAGCUGUCCGCUCAGGACGUCACCGAGCUCCAGCGGGUCGGGGACUCGUGGCCCCCGAAGAGCCCUGCCGAGUCCCGCUCCACCGACAGGACCCCCCCGGUCUGCGUGGACCCGCAGGGACCCCGGACGCCCCCCACCCGUGCCCCCGCUGCCGCCCCGGCGGCGACCUGUCCCAGCCCGCCACACACUCUCAUCUCCACGCCGUCUUUGCCCCCCGGCUGUCCGAGCGCCGCCUCCCCCCGACCGGCCGCCGCCCCGCUCCGUUGGCCCGGGGCGGGCAGCCCGAGCCCCGGACCCCCGAGUCCGGCGGCUGCCUCCACCGUCACAGAGGUCCGUGAAAGUCUGCUGGUCAGCUCAGUGCCCACGCCUGAACCACCCACGGCUGACGGGUCCUGCUGUGUCCUGCAGGGGGGCUCUGCAGAGCCCGCCCCGCCGCCGGGGGCCGUCAUCCAGAGCUUCGUCAGCCAUUCCCCGGGGGUCUUCUCUGGAACCUUCUCUGGCACGCUGGCUCCCUGCAGUCCCAGCAGCGCCCCUCACCCCCGCCGCGGCGUCUCCAUCAUCCUCCAGAUCCUCAACGACCUCCUCAGAGCCGCCUGCAGCCACCAGGGGGCCCCGCCCGCCCUCUCUCCACGCCUCCCGCCUGCAGCCUGCGGCCCGAGGCCGGAGCAGCGGGCGCAGCGUCCAGGUGGCGCGCCUCCACCCUCGGAGGAGAAUCGGACGCUGCAGCGGAAGCUGCAGCGUCUGCGGCGUCUGCUGCGUCAGCGGCGCCUCCGCAAACGGACCGGCGGGACACUUUCCCAACGCUCCCGCCCGUACCAGCACCGCCAUCACAGUCCCUAGUCCUCCCAGCAGGACCCAGCUUGGCACACUGUGAGGAAACCCAGCUGACCUCUGACCUUUCUCAGUAUUUUAACACCAUGUGCAUUUAGAAGAAAACCCCAAGCCAAACAUUUGAAGCGUGCGGCGGCUUCCUGGGUGCAGAGCACGGUAGCUGUGCACUGCUCUCGUACAGGAUGUAGCACACUCACAGGAGGGAGGCGCUGAUGUAUGUCCACCGUGGUGUUUUGUCCAGAAGAUGUUUGUGUGUGUUUCCAAUGUAUUUCAAAGCCUUAAUGUCUUGAAUGUACUCUGUGUUUUUAGUUCUGUACAGAAAUGU